CAGCUGGUCACUGUGAUGUCACUGUGAUGUCAGACAGGUGGUCGGCUGGUCGAGCUGAGGCCUGUGGGACGCUCUGCAGGAUCUUCACCUGUAAGAAAACUGCAGAGGACAUCCUGCCUGUCUACCUAUCCAGGUUCUACCUGGUUCUCCUGCAGGGUCUCCAGGUGUCGGAGGAGGCGUGUCCUCCUGUUCUGGCCUCCAUUCUGCUAAACUCCACCUGUCUGUUCUGCUGUGACCUGAGAGGAGUCAACCUCCUACUCCCAUCCUUCCUCUCAGCUGUGGAGAACGUACUGCUCGACAGAGAGCUGUUGCGGUUUAAGAAUUUUGUGAGUCUAGUGGAUUUGAGGCAAGCCUCCAUCCUCAUCCUGUCGUCCCUGCUGCCCCUCCCUCAGCAGUUUCCCUCCAUCCAGUCAGAGGUGUUAUUAGAUGGGAGGUUCAAUGGUGAUGAUGUAACAGCAGGUGGCUUCCUGUCCCUGAAGCCCCACCUCCUCAGUGUUCUGAUUGGAGCUCUGCACACAGAGACCGAUGCUUCCAACACACAGAUCAUCCUGGGGGCCAUGUUGAACCUGGUUCAGGACUCGGCUCUGUUAGAAGCUGCAGGACAAACCCAGCAGGAAACUGAGUCCCAGCAUGGAGGAGCUGCUAGACCCAGGAGGACUGGGGGAACCAGGGGAACCAGUGGAACCAGUGCAAACAGACGGACCAGAGGAACCAGUAGAUAAUUAUGAUUGGAUUUUAUAUCAUUAUUUAACUGACUUGAUUUGACUCGUGAUGGAAAUCUGAGAGCAAAUGUCUGUCUGUGUGUGUGUGUUG